GAGACACGUGGUUGCGGUGCGUGGCAUUCUGGGAAAUAAACAGUGGUACGUUAGCAGCAGUAUCAACAGCGUUUCAAUGCGCCUUGUGUGCGUCGGUGAGGUCCAGUCCUGGCUAGUGGAAGUGUUUGUUUAACUAAUACACACUACAGAGAGUAUUUAUUUAGUUAUUCACACACUGACAGCGUUAAAGUGCACUAGUCCGCUCAGGCGGAAUGAUGGGUCACAGCAGCAGGACUUUGUACCCGAGCGCUGCAGUGCAAUGAUUAUUUUUCUGUGUGAAAGUUGGACAUCUGCUUUGAUUUUUUUGGUCUUUAAUUAAACCGCAGCGUGAUGGAUUAAACCCAGGGGUUUGGUUCUAGUAGAUAUCAGAUCGGAGUUUGCACCGACGAUCUUGUGUAUAGGUUUUUUUUUUUUAAUGUAAACAUGGUGGACGUGGUGGAGGUAGAAGGGGCGCGAGGCGGCGGCGGGGUGUCACGUUAACGUUACCGUUAUGGCGUUUAUUACUGAACCGCAGCCAGAGUCUCCUUGAAGUGGGAAUGAAUCUAAAGCCGUGGAUGUGCUGGACACUGGCGAGUCUCAUUAGAUUUUAUCACCACAAACUGCUGAUCGGGAGCAGAUCGUGCUGUGGUUCCCGACGCCUUUCACAACAACAACUGCGUUGAUUGUUGUUGUUGUUGUUAUUAUUAUUAUUAUUAUUAUUAUCAUUAAGUAGUAUUAUUAUUGUUGUUUAUUUCUGAGCUGCAGCCAGGAUAAAGAUUCACUUUUCUCAACAUCAUGUGGAGUCUAGCUUCGGCAGCGCUGCAGCUUCUGCUCAAAUCGGUGAAGCACGCCGCGGGGAAAGGACACAUCCAGCUGAACCGGUGGCUGCAGCGGCCGCCGGACUCGGUGGACUGCGAGAAGAUGGACCUGCUGAUCUGCAGCGCGUUUGAGGAGCGAGGCGGCGCGUGCAGGGCGGACAUGGUGGCGGCGGGCGGCGGGGAGCCCGUGUCACCCUUCACUUCGGCGGACUUAAGGAAUCCGUGCUGCAUCGCGACCUGUUGCUUCAAGAGUGCGCUGGUGGCGUGCGUCCUGACCGCCGCCUGCUUCUUCUCCGUCACGCUCGUGCGCCGGUACCUGAAAGACGCACUGCUCUGGGUGGAGAGCUUGGACGGCCUCAUGGGCGCGAUGCUGUUCAUCGUGUGCCUCAUCACAGUGUCGUUCCCCUGCGGCUGGGGCUACAUGGUCCUCAACGUGGCUGCGGGAUACCUGUACGGCUUCGUGCCCGGAGUGGGCCUGGUGAUGGUGGGCGUGCUGAUCGGUACCUCGGUGGCGCACGUGGCGUGCAGACGGCUGCUGUCCAGCUGGGUGCUGAGCCGCGUGGGGAACAACGAGCAGCUCAGUGCUGUCAUCCGGGUUGUCGAGGGAGGCAGCGGGCUCAAGGUGGUGGCUCUGGCCAGACUAACCCCCAUCCCCUUUGGCCUCCAAAAUGCUGUGUUUUCGAUCACAGACGUGUCCUUGCCAGACUACCUGGUGGCCUCAUCAGUGGGCCUGCUGCCCACCCAGCUCCUCAACUCCUACCUGGGCACCACACUGCGUACUAUAGAGGACGUUAUAGCCGAGCAGAGCAUCAGCGGAUACUUUGUGUUCAGUCUGCAAAUCUUUAUCAGUAUAGGGCUGAUGUUUUACGUCGUGCACCGAGCACAGCUGGAGCUGAACGCCGCCAUCGCAGCCUGCCAAAUGGAGAUGAAAACAUCACAUAUGAAUGGCAACAUGUCGAACCACGGCGGUUCCACGUACUGCAGCAAGCGGACCGCGGCGUGCGGGGGGAUUAACAUCGUCUGACACUAAACAGUGACAUUUAUCCUGGUUCCAAGUAUAUGAACACGCCCCUUUUUCCACUGGUGUGGUCCUGUCAGAAAACGAUCAGGCUAGAGGUGAUGAAGACGGCAUCCGAGGCCAGAGAAACGUCCGUUCAGGUUCAGUGCUGGUGUGCAAUCCGGGAAGACGUUAGCGCUGGUUUUGGAAAUUCUCUCCGAAGUGCGAAGGGAGGCCAGUAUUUUGUACUGCUGGACAAAGUUUGAAUAGAGCCUAAUACUUUCUUUUGGGAUUUGUUGUUUCGAAAAUGAUUAUUUUUUUAUAGAGUAUGGAUUUAAAUUAGAAUUUUUAUACAUCUAGAGCAGGUGUGGAGCAUGUGAUUUAGAGAGAACACUACAGUAUUGUGCAGUAAAGAGAAACAGCUGCUGGUGUAAAUGCUAUAUAUUGUCACAUGCUUUUAGUAAUACAUUUUACAUUUGCUUUUGGUACUUUUCCAAGUCAUGAUGUUUAUUAUUAUUAUUAUUAUUAUUAUUAUUAUUAUUACCGAAGACAUACCACCUGGCUAGAAAAUGGUUGCUUUAUGCCAAACCUGGGAUCACAUUUGCAGUUCUUCACUUCUGCUAGGAACAGAUGGAAAGGAAGGCAAAUUUCCCAGCAGGGUAUUUAACAGUGUCCUGCCAAGAUCCGUCAAGUGCAGCGUGAUGAAACCGAACAGUGGGAUUUUAUCCGUGUUCAGUCCCUCAUAAUGCUGCUGUAUAGGAUGGUGGGCCUUUGUUUUUGUUUUGUUUUUUUUAACCAAAUUUGUUAUAAUAGGGCUGCUGUAAACCCCCUUUUUUUUAAUCAACUUUGCCUUUUAAUUUGGAACCUAUUUCCAUGACAUUAUUUAUUGUGUGCAAUACAUGUUAGGCUGUCACUGUUAAUAUUUCAGGUAAAUUAUAUACAUCAAAAAAACAAAGGGAAGGAAUUCCCCAUAUUCAAAUAUUUUGCUUAUUUAAGUUGGAUGGAUAGUUAAUAUUAUUAUCGAAAUUAAUAUAAUCAUUUCCUGGGGUUACAUUAGAAAGACAGGAAUUAUUUAUUGGUGAAGUUGAGUGGCACUUUAACACUAACCCUACAUUCACACUCUCAAGUGAUAAAGCAGCAGGUGUUUUAUUCAUUUUCUACAGACACUCGCAGUACGAAGCCAAGAUUUCAGCUCCUGAUUCAGCAUUGAUUCCUCAGUCCAAUCCUAUGGUGUUUGUGGUCUGAUAUUUCUUUAGUUCCUCCACUCCUAGCUGUUUAGCUUUACAGCUAUGGCUUCAUCUUAUGUAGUCAUAUAUGGCCUCCAAUUAUUGUAUAUUGAGACAUUGUCAAGAAAACCAACAAGUUUGAAAGGAAAGAAUAGAGCUCAAAUGUACACUAUAUUGCUAAAAGUUUUGGGAUCUGCCUUUACAUGCACGUGAAUGUAAUAUGAAGUUGGUCAGCCGUUUGCAGCUAAGGGGAACAGCCAUCCCCAAACUGUUCCCACUAAGUUCAGAGCAUGAAAUUGUCCAAAAUGUCUUGGUAUGCUAAAGCAUUAAGAUUUCAUUUCACUGGAACUCUUCCUAUGAUUUGAGGUGUCCCAAAACUUUUGGCAAUGUAAUGUACAUUAGAUCAUUAGUCUUCUAGUACGAAAUGAAGCAGUUCCCCAACAACUUGAAUACAUUUGAACAAAAGUGUGUAUAUUUUAUAAUGAGAUGCAGGCUCAUUACAUAAAGUUUUUGGCUGUUCUUAGUCUCAUCGGGGAAAAAAUGAAAAACUACACACUUAAGUAGCUUGCUUCACACUCGCAAGAAACAAACUGCAAGCGACUAGUCAUUCGCUAGUGUGAACACAGGGUUAAUUAUUUAAUUUUGUUCAUGAAUAUAUGAGUGAAACAUAUGCACAAAAUCUUCCACAGUAUCCACACCACCAAGAAGGGAGUGUCUAACCUUAUCAGAAGUGAUGCCUGUAAGUUGACUGGAGACUCGUAGAUUUUAUUAGACACAAGCGCCUCCAGAUUGUUCCCUGACUUAAUCUGAGCUGUUUAAACUAGCCCUCGGUUUCGUCUUAAUGAGCUUAGUGCUCUGAGCACGGUGUUUCUCCUACCCCAGAGAUCUCCUGGGUCGAUUAGUCCUUGCGGUCUAAAUUCCCACAACACAAACAACCAGAAGGCUGUUAUAUUCUCGAGGAUACACAGGAAACAGUUUGAGAUUAGGAACAGUCUCGCUGUUCAGGGAAAAAAUUUAUGUGCAACAGCCCUGGUUUGACUUCUUCCUUUUGCAGUCUUUAAAUGUCACAAAUUCCUUGCAUCAACUCUAUUAACAUGGCAGUUCCCUUAGUUGGAAUGAUAGUAAUGCCUUUCACUUUAUCUGUCUUCUGAUGACUUUGAAAGCCAUAUGACCAGCUGCAAGCCACUAAUGAAUGACUUCAUGUAAAAAUGAAAAAGGACAAAACAUUACAGCUAAAAAAGUGUAUGCAAAAGAGAUAGGUAGGUUUCACUUUCAUACACACAAGGAUCCUAACUUCCUCAGCAGUCUGGUUGUCCUGAAACCUGACUAGGCUAACCUCUUCUUUUCUUCUUCUUCUUCUUCUUCUUCUUCUUCUUUCGGCUUUUCCCUUCAGGGGUCAUCUCUCUCGAAUCAUCUCUCUCCACCUAUCCCUAUCUUCUGCAUCCUCAACACUUGCACCCACUAGCUUCAUAAUCCUCAUUUAUUACAUCUGACUAGGCUAGCCUAACAUGCUAAAAGCAUAUGUCAUGCUAGUUAACUAAAGAAUAGUGCAUAAAUAAAGAAUAAGUGAAACAAACAGGUCAUUUUCCUUCUUCCUGCUUCCUUCAUUGUUUUAAUGUAGCACAUUGUGCUAGUGCUCUCAUUUGCAAAUAUUUGGUUCACCUUGCAAGUGAACAUACUGUCUGGCUAGCGUCUUUGUUUCUCUCGAUAUGUUUAUAUACAGCAGCUGUAUAAAACGAUCUGACAAUUAUUUUACUGACAGCCACAUCGCUCUCCUCAGGCGAGAUUCAUAACGAUUAGCUCGAUAAAACUUACAUAACGAGGUGUCACUUCACAGUAAGCUACGUGUUUAAAUAAACACAUUUACUUAAAACAUGUUUUAAUUUUGUUCAUUUACUUCCUCUGUUUGCUGAACCUGCUUGUACUACCACUUAAAGCUAAUAUCCCAGACGCAAAACUUGCUCAUCGCUGGUGUCCAGGUCACCGAUUUGUUUACCCUUGAUGCGCUUUUAGCUAUAAUCUGAUAUAAUAAUUGUUCAGUAUGGUUUCAGUUUGUUUGUUUUUUACUUUUUAAUAUCUAUAUACUCUAUAUCUGGAAUCAUCCUCAAAUUUUUGUACUCUAACCUGACAAUCGGCAGGUGUGCAAAUGUUUAGUCAUUUUUAAAUCCAUACCACAUGUCCAUUAUUAUUAUUUUAUUUUAUUCAUUUUAUUUCCAUCAUUAUUCCCAUUUGUUGCUGCUGCUUAGACUCCAGGGUCUGAGCAAAAUGCUGAUAAGGGCUCAAAUAUAUAUACGUCAAGUUCUACACUUAUCCUUACAGGCUCUCAUAAAUAUAAAUGGCUAAGAUAAAUAGACCUACCAACUUUUCUAACAGUUUCUUAAGUCGGUUUUCACACUUGCAUGUUGUAUGAAAUGGCACACAGAAACGAACAUUCCUCGCUGAUAUUUCUGUCCGAAUCAGUUUGAAGUCGGAAUGUUCCCUCCGUUUGUUAAACUUAGCAAUAACUGGAAGCAGAAAUGUCCUUGAGUUAGGUAGAGAAAUGCAACAUUCCUGGUCUUGUGUUAUGAUGUCAAGCCUGCCUUGUACCUCUUGCUGCCUAUGACAGGACAUGACACUAGCCUGUGGCAUGAUCAUACACCAUGUUCAUGGAAAUGAUUAUUAACAACAACAAAAAAAAAAAAGGUACGAGAUGUCGAAUGCAAAAAAAACAAAAAAAAAAACAAAGGAAAAGACAUUACAAACUAUUGUAUGGGCGAAUGGGAUUUACACACGGUUUGUUUAAUCGAUAUUUCUGACAUAAUUAUGCAAGAGAGGAACUCUAGAAAUCUGACAUGGGGAUGAAACAACAUGGUUCUUGCUGAGGCUUUAUCUGAGAUCACACCUACGACUACAGCACAUCAGAAACCCAGUGCACAUGUGAUUUCAGAUAAAUACAAAUCAGGGACUGUUACGAAACCUCUGCCCCCAUGAAUCAAGUGCAUUUAUCAAUUCCACUGUAUUUUGUAAUACAGAUUCUUACAGUGUGUAAACAGAUAUUUAUCGCUGUAUCACGCUUGUUCUGUGUUUAUUUAUGAAAUAAAAAGGUCUGAUAAAUCA